AUGGCGCCUUGCAAGUCGAUCGCAGAAGAUAAAGCACAGCAUGCGGAUAACGUCAAGAAAAGCAACGACCGUGUCAUCAAGAGACCCGCCUGGGGCUCCCAUAGAUUCAGAGGCGGGAUGCUUAACAUAACCCCCAAACGUGGCACCGAGAAGGAACUAACCAUCCGCCAGUCAUCUGGUGUGGUCCAGGACAGAGUCUUCGUUCCAGAGCCAUCUGAGCGCACUAAUACGUUCGCUCUCAUGAGAGCGUGCCGUCAAAUCUACGCCGAGACUGCCCUUCUUCCAACCACUACUAACGUCUUUCAAUUGACAAAUUGCUCCACUUUCUGGAUCGCUCCCAAGUCUUUUCGGAAGUACCAGCUCAGGCAGAUCAUCGAAGUCCGCGUUGAGGUGAAUGACCUCCAUUUCCAGAGGUGCUACGAAGUGUAUCUCAAGCAGCUAUUCGAAGUCAACAAGCUCAGCAUUUUCCCGAACUUGCGUAGCGUGCACUUUUGUGUGCACGGGAGCAAAGCCAGGGUUUACACAUCGCUGUCUGUAUGCUCCGCUUUUCUACAUGAGCACUUUGGAGAUCAAAUGCGAGCGGCUGGAUAUGACAUGGUCGUCGAGAAGAUGGACAUCGACAUUCGCAACCACACCCGCUAG